GAAUGAUGAUAACUAAAUUUCCGGCGUGAGUGGAGAAGUUUUUUCUUUUCUAUCGUUUCUAAUGUAGAAUUAAUUGAGUUAUUUUGUUUUUAAACGUAAGAUCGAAGAUCUGAAUCCACUUUCAUAUAAAAUCAACCUACAAUGAACGAAAAAACCCCCAUUGAAAAUCUAUAUUGCGUCGAAUAUCCGGCUAACGUGAAAAAUGACGAUCGUAUGAUACAAACUUUAGGAGGAAUAAAUACAAUUUCCAAUGCGUUCUCUUCAAAUAAUUCCAAACUAGAAUGCAGAUUCCGUCCAGAAGACAAAUUCUGUAAAGGUACCAACGGUGACAAGAAAGAUAGCUCAAAUUUUUUGAUGAAAGUGAAAAUCAAAAGAACCAUCGUUAAAAGUGAAGAUGGAACUUGUAAUGAAUCAGUUCAAUGUACUCCUGAAGUGAUAGGAAAAGUAAAAGAGGUGUUCCGAUUCAAUAAUCUUGCUGACUUUCAAUAUUUACCUAUUGAAAAAGAUGAAACUGGUGAGAUGGUUUGUUUACAUGAUCAAAUCGUUCCUACGAAAUUGGAACCUGUAUCUUGGCUCGAUGAACCUACUUUAUCGUAUUUACCACCUGCUUCGUUCGCUCGUAUUGAUACCGUACAACCAUAUUUAUCUUCAAGACCUACCGAUGAUGCGACUCAUUUAACUGGACGUACACGUGAUAGGAGAAGCAAUUUCGUUAAAUUCGUUAGCCACGAAUGUAAAGAAAUUCCAGAUAUUCCUAAUGCUAAUACGCUUCGUUACCUUAAAACUAAAUUAAUCACAGAAGAACAAAUUCUGAAAAUUAAAGAACUAUUCGAGCUAAGACCGGUAUGGACCAGAAAUGCUUUAUCCAAUAUCACUCGAAUCAACGAGGUAGCCCUGAAAUAUUUAUUAGCUCUAAGCGCUUAUCAUUUUACAUCAGGACCGUUCAGAAUAUCGUGGGUGCGAUUCGGAUACGAUCCUCGUAAAGAUCCUGCAGCUAAGAAAUACCAAACCGUGGAUUAUCGUAUCAGAGGUAAUGUUCAAACGUUGCUGGUUGAACGUUACCCUAGCAGGUACGCUUUUCGUAAUAAACACAAGCCUUGGAAAGAUGAAAAAGUCAACAUAGAAGAAAACUGUUACGUUUUUAAACCGGGAUAUUUACCUCCUCACGGCCAAAUGUUCUAUCAACUUUGUGAUAUUCACAUACCGGAAAUUCAACAAAAAUUGGAAACUUUCGACGACUGCGAGUACGACUUGAAGAAUGGCUGGUUACCCGAAGAAUUUUGCGACGAAAUUCGUAAAACAAUCGAUAAAUAUAUUCUCGAAACUCUCAACUCGACUCAGCACGAUAAAACCGAUCAGAAUGACGAAGAAAGCUCCGAUGUGGACAUGAACGAUGAAACUUACAACGACGAUGAUUUCGAUAUGAGUGAUGAAGAUAUGGAUUUCGAAAACGACGACGAAGAGAUCACAGAUUCGGCGAAUUAAUCUUACCAGUGAAGCGAUAUUUUUCGACGAUUUGUUUUCUUGUAUCAAGAUGAUACAGCUUCGCCGAAGAAGGAUCUCGUUGAAGAUGACAUAUUGACACAUAAUUACAAAACAUGAUUCAAGAAAGAUCGAAGAAUUCCGUAUUAAAAAAGAAUGAUUGUAUCGUAAAUUAUUGUACAAAAAGUGAAACUAUUCGAUCUUGUACUUUUCAUUCACAAAGAAUAUGGUUUUGCCACGAACAAACAAUAAAUUUUCAAAUUCUUUUCUUAA